AAUCCACCUUUACGUAAUGAAAAACGAUAGUUGUCAAAAUUUGACGGAUAAUCAGCUGCUAGAAUAAAAUUAUGACUUCUUAGCCAAUUCCAAAAUAAAAACAAACUCCUCAUAGUCUCCCAGGAAUUUCUAAAUUAUGCUUAGACAAAAUAAAACAAGAUUAGUUAGAAACGUCGUGAGAACUUUGCACACCUCGUCCGUGGCUUAUGCUAACCAUUAUGAGGUCCUAGGAGUCACACCAAGGUCUACACAGAAUGAUAUAAAGUCAGCAUAUUACAAAUUGUCAAAAUUAUAUCACCCAGACAAAUCAAGCGAUGAUGCAUCAGCUAAGAAAUUUCGAGCAAUAUCAGAGGCAUAUGAAGUAUUAGGAAAUGUAAAAUUGAAGAAAAUGUAUGACAAGGGUCUAUUGACACGAGAGAGUCCCCACAGUCACACAGACUACCGCCCUGAGCCUGAACCAACAGACCCUACCCUCAAGUUCUACAAGUCCCGAGCUUCAAGACACAUCACUCCUACCAUGGAUGGGAAAGUACCCAUUUACGACUUUGAUGCCUGGUCAAAAAACCAUUAUGGAGAUGUGUUCAAAAAAUCACAAUAUGAUAAAGAAAUUUUGAGGAAGAAACGAGAGAAGCAAAUGGAUGCAGUGCAUUCCAACCGUCAAGAGGCAACUAUUUAUAUUCUGUUUGCACUCACAGGGCUCUUCUUCGCACUGGUGCUCCGCGGGCAGUCAGAAUAUGAUGUGGACAGGACGCGCAAAAUAGAAACUAUACAAAGUAGCACUGAGGACAAAAUUGAGUCUUCAUAGUAAGAUUUUAUUUUAUGGGCAGUUUAUACGGGUAUAAAGUAAUAUGGAAUAAAUUAUUUUUCAAAUCUUAUGCUCUUGUUGUAGAAUAACUGGGCUUCAUGAAAUAAGACCCUAUUUGCGUAAGCAAUGCAGCCCACUGCCACAACCGCCUGUACCUCUGCGGCUGCAUCUCUCCACACAAGGCCAUUUAUUAAUUUAGUUGCGAAACUAAAUUCGAUAAAAUUACAUUUAACACUUAGACAUCAUGUACUAGUGUAACACUUUUUUCGUGCUUUUUUUUCUCAUCGUCAAUAGUAAUUUAUUUCAUAUUACUGUAGUGUCGUCAAACAAUUUGUAGUCCAAAUUUUAGCACUAAUUAUGUCAUAGUGAUUCAUUGUUGUUUUGUUUCAAUUUAUUGAUAAAAAUGCUUUGUAUAUAUUGUACAUAUCUACAAUAACUUUAAAUAACAUGUGAUACGUCAUACAAUGGCGCGUGUAAAAGUUGGCCCGUUGCCUAAAUCAUGUGAGGAGAUAAUUGUAAAUGACUAGAAAAUAAAAUAUUUAUUUAAAGUU